AUGAGGCCUAGAACCUACAGAAGGAUGUUCAGCACCUCCCUCAUAUUUUUCCUUGUGUCCGGCCUCGUCCUUUCCGCUGUGACCAUCACCACAGAGCGCCGCUCAUCCAAUGGCGGCCCCAGCGGCACCACCCUGUUCCUCCUCACUGGCUUUGGGAACAAACCGAUGCCGCCGCCCCCGGGGGGGGCGAAGGUGGCGCCUAAAGUGGCUGAAAUGGAGGACGCUCAGGACAGUGAGCCGAAAGUACCCGAAACGCUCCCAAAGCCCCUCCCCCAGAUCAAGCUCCCUCAGAACAUGACGGCAGCUGACGCCCUCAAACCUCCGCUGGGGGCCGCCCAGGUAGCUCCACCCCCCCGGCGCCUGGUGGAUGUGGACAUGUGCCGGGCCUACUACGACGUCAUGGGCCAGUUAGACAGCACCUUCAACUGCUCCAAGGGGACCUACAUCUACUGCUGUGGCACCUGCCACUACCGCUACUGUUGUGACCACCAGCGUAGCCGCCUGGACCAGGAGUCAUGUAACAACUACAACUCACCCGGGUGGCUCGACACACCGCCAACGAACACCCCACCCCCGGGGAACCGGGGUGACCCAGACUCAGAGCAGCUGCAGCAGCAGAGCAACAGCACGGCGUACGUGAUCGGAGGGGUGAUCUCCUUCACCCUAGUGGUGGCAGUGGGCAUCAAGGUGGCCUUCCACAAGAUAUCACGACGACCCCGGAACAGAGACAUCAACAUGCCCAGGUGAGAAGGAGUGGUGUCUGAAAAUGACCGUAUGGGUGUAUGUGGGUCUGUCAGUGGGAUGUAGUCUUUUAAAUUCAUCAUGUUACUGAGUUUCACUAAGGUCACAAGCCACAUACCAAAGGGGUGAUGAAACUGAACCACAAUCAAUGAACAAGUAACACAUUUACAUUGGUGGUAAUUUUUUUAAGGAAAGUUGUUUGUUCUACUCUCUCUUUUUUUCAUUCCCCUCCUCUCCCCUCUUCUCUCCUCCUUCUCCCAGAGCCCUGGUGGACAUCCUACGGAGCCAGGCCAGUCCAGUCCAACAGGGGGAGAGGAACAACAGCACCGUCCUGACCACCUCCAUCACAGGAGACAGCCUCGGUCGUCCCCCCAAGAACCUCUACACCCCGGUGAUCCAGAGCAAAGACAACCGCAGUGAGUGACGCAACAGAAAGCAUGGGACAAUAACAACACUGUAAUAACAAUGUUAUAACAGUGUUGGUAUAAUAAAACUCUUAUAACACUGUUAUUACGUUGCAAUAGAGUAAUAGCCUGUUUUCAGAUAUAUGAACCAUUACGGUGAUGAUGGUGGACAACGGUGGUGGACGCAAUAGCCUAGUAAUGCUGACUGUAUGGGGUCCCGUUCAACCUACUCACACUCUUAAACACGCUCAUGUAAUCCCACAGAACACACACCACCACACAUGCACACAAUGCUCAUGUUUCACGCAUACGCGCACGAGUGGCUGUACCAUCAGUGUUCGCUGUGCUCUCUUGCAGUUGGCAACUUGCACCACAAUUUUAUCCAGGUGUCUGGUUCCAGUCCCAAACACUCGGCUACUAAGGGUAAGCCUAACUAGCUAACACAGGCGGCGGGUGUGUGAGUUGGCCUCAUGAAACGUCUGUCUGGUGUUGUGUAUGUACCAUUGGGUGUGUUUCCUUAACACAGUCGCUGUUUUCUUAACACAGUCGCUGUAUCACUGCUCCCACUCAUUCUGUGUGUCACCCUCGUAAGUGUCUCAGUAUGCACUAUGUAGUGUAUCUGUUUGUACUGUAAGUAUGCUUACUUACACUGUGGGCCUUGGCUUGAGUGAAGUCAGUGUGUUACUGCACUUACCGAAGCCUGCGUGCAUUACUCCACAAUGGUCAAUGUCUCCCGUGUGCUCGCUCAGUGGUUAUAAAGACAUUAUUGGCUGUCAUUGCCCAUUAUUGUACAUGGUCAAUGACCAAAGUGUCAGACAAUCAUCUUGGCUUCUUUUAUAUAUUAGCUCAAGGGACCUUCGUACUAGUCGUCUUAGAAUGACAUGAAAACGUACAAAUUACAAAUUGGCAGCAAUUCUCUAAGACUGAUAAUGUGUGAGGAAUUGGCACGUUUCGUCAAUGUAUAUGUACCUUUAAAUGUAAUGUCAUUUUAAAUGUACAUGUUGGCCCAUUAUAAAUGUAGCUACCUAGCUUAUGUGUGUUAGGUCCUUGUAAAUGUACUCAUAUAUAUUAUGUUAAUAAACAUGGUAGGUCAUUCUAAAUGUAGCCCUAUAUAUAUGUGUUAGGUCCCUGGUUAAUGCUCCCCUAUGUGUCAGGUCAUUGAAAAUGUCCUCCUGUCUUCCUCCUCUUCCUCCUCCAGAGCGCGUGCCCCGCAUCAACAAUGCCCAGCUGGCCUCCACAGGGACCAUCCUCACCAGCAAGCACAACAACAGCUCUGGCCUGCACUCGCACUCGCACCCGCAUCCCCCUUUCUCGCACUCCUUCCACAACCUGGCCCAGCUGCCCCCCUCCUAUGAGGCAGCCAUGAAACCUGAGAUCAACCGCUACAGCUCCCUGAAGAGGCUCGGUGAGAAGGGGAGCAGUGGGGGAGGGGCAGGGGGGCGGAGAGAGGGCUGGAUGUCUGGUUGGUAGCCGCUGAUGGGAGGAAGGCGACUGGAGGUGGGGGGAAGGAACUGGUGGUGGUGGUUAGAGAGAGCUCCAGAGAUAUGUGUGUGUGUGUGUGGAAGAAGGCAUAACAGGCAAGAAGCAGCGGCCGAUGAUGCGUGUCAGAUUCCUUUUGAUGUCCCUUAAUGUAGGCUGCUAUAGUCUAUAGAAUGGGCGUUGAUAAAGGCUUGUUUGUCUCGAACGGGUGCCCCUGAAAGCUAGAUUAUAUGGAGGAUGUAUUGGAGGAUUGUAGAAUAAACAGAGAGAGCAACGGUUGGCAAAAGGUCACAUUUAAAUUGGCUCUCAGGGAGCUCAGUCCAGGGAAAGUCUUUAAAGAUUAAAGGGUUCUUAGGGCGAGAAAUGUUGAACACUUUGUUUCACCUAAUAAUGAAUGAAUUUCACUAACUGUUAUUUCUAAAUUUCUUUCUUUCAUCCUCCCUCUUUUUUUUUUUAACAGAGAAAGAUCUGGACGACUACUCUGGCUACUACACAUCAAAGCGACGGCCUAACAACGCCCCUCCGUCUUUCCACUCCUCCCAGCACCACCUCCACUGGGGUGGUGACUACACUCUUGGAGCCAGGGGCACCCUCCCCCUCCACUCCUCCCGGCCACGGAUCCACGUGCCCACAUCCACCCCCAACCCCUACCCUCUGCCAGCCCAGUCGUUGGGGUACCAGGCCGCCUUCGACAAGCCCCCACGGAGGGUCAUGUCCCAGGACCAGCUCCUGGCGCUCGGUGAGGGCAACACCCUCUCCAGACUCUCUAAGAACCAGCAGCACCAGUACUACAAGGCUAUGACCACCAGCAAGAGCUCCACCUCACAGACGCUUCGUAAGUCCCACGAGAGACUCCUAGUCUCGCCCGACCGUCUGGAGGAGAGGAUGGGGGGCAUGGGCAUGCCAGGGAUGGGCGGUAUGGGGGGCAUGGGUGACUUUGGGGGGAUGGGGGUCCCGACCAUGGGAUGCCUCAGCCACAAAGCCCAAUCACAGCAGAACGUCUGCGUCACACCCUCGCUGGACCGCCAUCACAUGAUCAAGAUGAACUCCCACCCCACAUCGGGCCAUGAGCUGGAGAGGAGCACGGCGGGCCACCCGGCAGGAAGCUGGGGGGACCCUCAUGGGCACGGACCAGGGGCCGGGGUAGGGCCAGGGAGCGGUGCCGGGGACCAUUGGGGGCCACAACGCACGGAGGAUGGCAUUCGCCAACAAGAGGCAGAACACCAUCGAACAGCUCCAAUACAUCCCUGGGGGCGGAGGAGGAGGAGGGGGAGGGGGCCAGACGUUGAGGACGGCUAGUAAGAACGAGGUGACCGUGUGA